ACAAGCACUUCAAUGGGGGAGAGAAGUUCGGCAUAAGUAGUUAUCUUUUGUUUUGCUGUUGGCGUUUUAGUAAUCCUAGCUAGCUUCAACUAACUAAUUAUCUCAUGUCUAUCAAUGAUCUUCUCAUCAACUUCUUCUAUCUGUUAUUUAUAUAUAAUCCUCUGUUGCAAUACCAUUUAAUUAAACUUUCUCAUUAACUAUAACAGCACAAGCAAAGAACCUUCUAUAGCGGAGUUGUCCAAACACAUACUUGCUCUCAUCGCUAUGCAAGGCGCACUCCUUUCGCUGAAGCAGCAGAGAGCCGGAAUGGCAUCUCUACUUGACAUAGACGAUCCAAAUUUUGUGAGGAUUAGUGUUGCCUUGACCUUUUUCGGCGGGUCAUCAAUUGGCCAUUAUAUACUCGAAGCUAGCCCCAACUCAAAUUGGGGAAAAUUCAUGAGCAGGCUUAGCCUCCUUUUUGGAGCUCUUACCUACAUUUUGGUAUUGGGGAUCCUACUGCCUGCUUUAGAGAUACCUUCCCUCCUCUUCUGGAUCAUUUGUUUUGUGAGCUUUAUAGCUGUUUCUUCGUACCCAUACCUCAAAACAUUGUUUACAGGUGCAGUUGGAGCCUUUGAAAAUUUGCAAGAGAAUGUCAAGAACAUGAUCAUUGCCCGCUGCUUCACAUCGGAGCAAUCUGGACAUGUUCAACAAAUUCCUGGAUCCGUUCCUGCCCAAAUUGAACCACCAAUGUUAGAAUCGCCAAUUUCUAUUAAAGCCAUGGAUGACCAAAUUAUUGAAGAUGAAGUUCCUGCAGCUUUGCAAAACCAACAAUACCAAAAUGGCCCUCACAACCACCUGGAUAUUUCGGAUUUAUGUGGACUUCCACCGAACCUGCUCACCAAUGGCAAUGUGCUUCCUGAGGUGUACUCCUGGGCAUCAGGCCGGACCAUGUCAAAAACUUAACAUGGUUGCAGCAAUGCAUGCCUCUAUUGAUCUGUGGCAUUAAUGUU